CGCAGUCACCGCAACGGAUGGACACCGCCGAGGAUCUUUGUCACUGUUCAAUUAACUCUCCCACAGAUGCUCCAAGGAUUUGAACUCGACCUCAUUUCAUUCGAGUGAAGGAAACUGGAGAUUUUUUUAAAUUUUUUUUAAUAUAAAUUUACAAAAAAGAAUAAUUUUUCUCUCAAGUCGACUCGCUUCCUUUUCCCCAGUCAUAUGAAAAAAGGGCGUGUGUGAUUGGGGGGUGAAGGCAGUUGUAACCAAUUGAUGUGGGCACACACGGUGUUUUAGAUUGAUCCACAUAUUUAUUAAUUUAUUUGUAUUCCGACUGUACCACCUGGAGGAUGGGAUGCACGCUGAGCACCGAGGACAAGGCUGCGGUGGAGCGCAGCAAGAUGAUCGACAGGAACCUGCGGGACGACGGGGAGAAGGCGGCCCGGGAGGUCAAGCUGCUGCUGCUGGGUGCUGGAGAAUCGGGGAAAAGCACGAUCGUCAAGCAGAUGAAGAUCAUCCACGAGGCCGGCUACUCAGAAGAGGAAUGUAAGCAGUACAAGGCCGUGGUCUACAGCAACACCAUCCAGUCCAUCAUCGCCAUCAUCAGAGCCAUGGGACGCCUCAAGAUCGACUUCGGCGACGCGGCCAGAGCGGACGACGCGCGGCAGCUGUUUGUGCUGGCGGGCUCGGCGGAGGAGGGCUUCAUGACCACCGAGCUGGCCGGCGUCAUCAAGCGGCUGUGGAAGGACGGAGGCGUGCAGGCCUGCUUCAGCCGCUCGCGCGAGUACCAGCUCAACGACUCGGCGGCAUACUACCUGAACGACCUGGACAGGAUAUCCCAGGCCACCUACAUCCCCACCCAGCAGGACGUCCUGAGGACCCGAGUCAAGACCACCGGCAUCGUGGAGACGCACUUCACCUUCAAGGACCUGCACUUCAAGAUGUUUGACGUCGGCGGUCAGCGGUCCGAGAGGAAGAAGUGGAUCCAUUGCUUUGAGGGCGUGACCGCCAUCAUCUUCUGCGUGGCCCUGAGCGACUACGACCUGGUUCUGGCCGAGGACGAAGAGAUGAACCGGAUGCACGAGAGCAUGAAGCUGUUCGACAGCAUCUGCAACAACAAGUGGUUCACGGACACCUCCAUCAUCCUCUUCCUCAACAAGAAGGACCUGUUUGAGGAGAAGAUCAAGAAGAGUCCUCUCACCAUCUGCUACCCAGAAUACGCUGGCUCCAACACGUACGAGGAAGCAGCUGCCUACAUCCAGUGUCAGUUCGAGGACCUGAACAAGAGGAAGGACACCAAGGAGAUUUACACCCACUUCACGUGCGCCACCGACACCAAGAACGUGCAGUUCGUGUUCGACGCCGUCACCGACGUCAUCAUCAAGAACAACCUGAAAGAUUGCGGUCUUUUUUGAAGGGGGGGAGGCGACGACGAAGACGACACGUUUUCUCGGCAGCAGAGCUAGCUUCACGAGCAACUUGGAAGGGGAGGAUGAGGAGAGGGGAGGAUCAACGACGGACCAGUGCUGUACUAUAUGCCACUUUUAACAGCUUUAUUUAUGUUUUUGUCUCUGAACAUUUUGAAAUUGUUACCACAUUUGUGUAGGAUGUUUGUAUAAUUGAGAAAGCUUCACAGACAGAGUUCACUUUUUUCUUUUUUUUUUAAAUCUUUGUUUUUUUUUUGUCGUUGUUUUUCAUUUUUCGAGGAGAAGAUCACAAUAUUUUUCCUGUUCCUCGUGCCGCGGUUUCUGGAAUAGGAAACUUUUCGCCGUCGGUGGAAAAAAAAGCUCCUUUUUUCUUCCGAGCAUAAAUCACAACAGGAAGAAGAUGGGGCACGACUGUGACUCCGGUUUGUUGGUACCCGUGCCUUCGCAUGCAUUUUCCUGCGGCCGUAGUCCCGACGCUUGUUCUGUUGCCUGCUGAAGUGUUUCUAGACUUUAAAAAGAGCUCAACUGUUUUCAGACGUUAGUCUCUCUUCUAUCUUCUCUGUGCACAACACUGAGCUAAACAGGAGCUAAUCAGGAGCUAUCGGGAGGAGCUUCCCCCUCUGGUCUAACAGGUGCAUGGGUCUCCAUGGCGACCAACAUGUAGCCUCCACAGCCCCCUAACCCCGCCCCCUCCGCCCCGCCCCGCCACGGCGAUGAUGGAGGGCCGCACCGACCGCUCUCACAGUACAAUACCGAGAUGUAUAUUGUUACAGUCGCCCCACAAAUCUGGGGGGUUCUGGUUUUUAAAACGGUGUAAAAAGUCCGAGUCAUUCCCAUUCCAUCCAGAGAGAGGUUAGUCAAGGCACUGAGCUUCUAAUAUACUCGAGACCAGAUCUGGCACAUUUUACUGUAUAUUUUAAUGUAUUUGGAGGAGAGGUCGUGGAGUUUUUGGUGUUUUAAAGGAGAGAGAAGAAAGGAAAAAACUAAAGUAAGUAAGUUGUAAAGUUGAGAAUGGGUCUGAGAUGAUUUAAGAUAAACUGGGAUCAGAGGAACUGCUUUAUGAUGGAUUAAGGUUUUUCCUUUACAUGACGGGAGGGUAGUCGGGUCUGUCGACCGCUGCGUAGCCAACGAUAGCGGCGUCACGCGUGGUCCCGGAUCUGUUCAUGUAAAGAAACCGCCACUGUCAACCUAUGUGUACCUUCUCCAUGGAAGGAGGAUCUUUGUAGACUCAUCUCCCUUAUUUUGCUAAUAAAAACCAUUUACAAACCA